AUGGCAAACAGCACCCCCAACCCAGCAAUCGAAAAGUACGGAUGGACCGCCGUACCCCGCGAUAUAGAAACGCUCCUCCAGCAGCAAUCGUCGGCCUCUGGCGUCGCACCAGAUAUUUCCGCAUCCUCCAUCACUCUGCCUGAAUCGGCGGUUGCGAAGGCGGUGUUGCAAUAUGCGCAGCAGGAGUUGGCUAUUGAGACGUUCAAUCAUAGCAUGAGGGUGUUUUACUAUGGCAAAGCAAUACUCGCGCAUGCCUUCCCCUCUUGGUCCACUGCCUCAUUCGACGAGACGUAUUUCCUGACAUGUCUCCUCCAUGACAUUGGCACAACGGACAAGAACAUAUCUGCAACCCUCAUGUCAUUUGAAUUCUACGGCGGCGCCAUCGCCCACUCCGUCCUAACCAGCCUCUCUGCACCCCUCCCUCAAGCAGAAAACGUAACCGAAGCCAUAAUUCGACACCAGGACCUAGGUUCCACCGGAACCAUCACGCGUAUCGGCGCACUCGCCCAACUCGCUACCAUAUUCGAUAACAUCGGUGGCCAAGCCCAGCUCGUGAGUAAAGGAACGAUUGAGAGUGUUGUGGCCGCAUAUCCGAGGAAGGGGUGGAGUGCUUGUUUUGCGAAGACCCUUAGGAAGGAGAUUAGUCUGAAGCCUUGGGCGCAUUCUACGCACCUUGGGGGGAAGGAUUUUCCGGAAGGGGUGGAGGGUAAUAAGUUGAUGGAACCUUAUGAUAAGUGA